CCCCUUUCCAUCUCUACUAUAUAAUGCUACAUUCAGGACCCAAGUCUGGGAAGCUCAACUCGAUUCGUGGUGAGCCAAAAUAACAAAAACAAUGGCCGGAUUCAGGAAUUUCGUGUGCCUAGUAACGAUUCUGUCGUUGCUUUCGCUGGUUCCAUUGUCGUUGGAGUCCCGGGCACUUCAUCAUCCCCUGGAUGCAUCCACGGCGAGAAUGAAUUUGAUCAGAGCGAUUCGAGCAUUUGGCGAGAGCCAGGGUCACAACGACGAAGCAGCUGGAGGAAGUGAGAGCAAGAGCAGAGCUGCUUAUUAUGCUUCCAAGAGACUGAGUCCCGGAGGCCCUGAUCCGCAUCAUCAUUGAUGCAACUCCAGCUUUUGUAAUGGAAUUGGUCUGUUAUGCUGACAACCCUUGUAAGCGCGUAUGUCGACGAUCUUCGAAUCAAAUCCCCACGUCGUUCAUCGUCAAGAUCGCGUUGUGGUGGAGACGAUUUGAUAGUUUCUGCCGGUGCUUACAAGUCUCCCCCUGUCAACAGAAUAAACUGAACCUGCUUUAGAGACCCUCCAUAGUACAGAGAAGUUGACUUCUUUUUCCCCAGAUGAUUAAAGUUGGAUUGUGUAUUAGAUAUAUACUAAUACUACUUUUGGAUUCACGUUGUGUUGUUAAUGUUAUUCAAGUGGUUGGUUGGAUAUAUAUUUUUAUUGGGUAGUGAUAGUUAUAAACUUAGUGCUGGGAUAUCAGUUUCCGGUUUUUGGUCCCAAACCGAUUUGUAUCUUAUCGAUUUUGGUUUAAACCGAAAAGCCGUCAAGAAACCGAAAUUGAAAACACUAGGUGAGAGGUGUAGGGGUUUCGUUUUCAAUUGGGGGUGUAGGGAGUUCCGUUUCGGGGAACCAUCCUAGUUCGAUUUUCGGUUAACCGAACCGACACCACUACUUAUUGAUUGAUGGUGAAACCCAUCAUCUUCUGAUCACUUUUUGCACUCAUUUGAAUAAGUUAUUGAGCAUGCAACGCUAACCGUUCACGUAUGGUCCUAUGGUUUAUACUUGACAAACAAAUAUGGAAGCUUUACUUUGUCCUUUCUCGUUGAUGAGUAUCUAAGUGAAAGCAACAGACUGCAGCACUGAAACUCAUAAUUAGUGGCUGUAUGUAUGUCAUUAAGCUCAUUGAAUUGCUUGGAUGAUGUCACAGAAGCAGAUUGAAGUCUGUAAAGUAGAUGUUCUUUUUUUCUGGUUUGGAAGAUUGCGGAAUGAUUCCUCUCCAAUUAAGUAAUUAAGCUAGUUGCACAUAGUAUAGGGAUGGGUGGGUUAAUGUCCAGUCCAUAGUUGUUUAAAAUCGGGUCAUAUCUCGGCCGGUUCAAUCGGUCGGACCGAGCAUUGCUCUUCAAGAUCUACAGAUUUCAAGGGCCAAACCCUUCAAAUCUAUUUCAAGUCUAUGCAGAUUAUAUUUCGUACAUCAUAUUUCAAGGAUCACACUUGACACAAAGCCACACAAAUGAGAUAUAAGGAGGUCAUCAACAAAGACAAGAUGGAUUUAGAGAGAUGAUAUUACAUUAAGGAGGAGGAUUUUCCAUAGAUGUUUGCAACUGACAAACAUCUAACAUGCUUAGCCCUCCUCUGGGUCCAAAACUAGUAUAGCACUUGUAAAAAAUUUCGAUUUAAGGUAUUUGAUCCAGUGCUAUUCAAGUGUCGCCUAGUGUUAUUUUUUAUUAUUUUAUAUUCAAAGGUGGUACAGUGCUCAACUAUGUCCUACAUUCGCCGAUGUUACCAUCGAAACAUGAUUGCUCAUCAUCGCGAUAAUUAAACUCCAUUGACCAAAAGCUUUGUAGUUUUUUUUUUUCCAGUUAGCUUUAUCCAAAGAGGCACACUUCAUUCUCAUCAUCUUUUAGUGCACUUGUUUUUUCAAUCGACAAAAUUACAUAAGCUUGAAGCUGUAGAGCACAAACCCAUGAAAAAAAGCAGUGACUCCUUUCCCAUAAUUGCUUGAUUAGGUUCUCUCAUUAGUCUAAAUAUAAUUUCCUCUCUUAUUUUUUGCACUUUUUGAAAUGGACACCUACCGCCAUCGGCCAUACAAUAAUCACGCAAUUCCUUCAGUUAUCUGUACGGCUUUGCUCUGGUUGGUUCGUCUCUUUUAUUGUUUGGCCGGCCGGCCGGCCGACUUCUUCCCUUUCACUUUCCCACUUUUCCUUUGCAAAUUGCAAGUUGGUCGACUUUUAUAUAUAUAUAUAUAUAUAUAUAUACGUGUAGAAAAUAGAAAUAGUAGCCUUCUGCAUGGCAUUCUAUAUUAUAGCACUAACGUUCCCACUUAUCGAAAGACCCGUCGCCCCUUCUCGCCAUUAGAAUAAAGUACGUCUGCCCUU